AUGUGGUUGCAGAACCAGAAUUCUCUGUGUCUUGAGCAGAGCAUAAGAGAGCUGCUGGAUCUCCCAGCAGAUGGCACAGAUGAGAGACCAGGCGCACCUGUUCAGCAGCAGCACAACAACCUGUUUGAGUUCUUGAAUGAAGAUCCCCAUUUUCUUCCCUCCAGUUCCUUCUGCAGCCACCAAACAUUUUCCCCGGAUCCUCUUCCAUCCCACGUGUCCUCUGAGCUUUGGGACCCCUUCCAGGUCUGUGAGAGCCAAGGAACAAAUGUCACAGACAUGAAGCCCACCCAGGCUAUGGAGGGAGGAGAGCGCUCUGAGCCAUCUCUGGCUUUUAUGGAUAGCUUGAUUAAACUGCUGACUCCAGGAGAGAACUACUCAGACACUCAGGCUGCCUUCAGGCCCCAAAAUGACAAAGGAUACAUUGGCCCAGGAGUCCUGCAGGGAAAGAACCACUCUCAGCCUCACUCUGAACACAAGGAGCAACCUCUUCCAGACCUGGGUCAAAUUGAUUUAUCUUACAUCCUGCAGUGGUGGGACAAGGACCGCCAGGCUCUCAUUGCAGAAUGGGACCCUCAGAAAGGGAUGCCCUGA